UAAGACAGACUAUUCAGCUCACAAAGAAGCUUGUGCAUCUUCACACAGUAUGCUCCGACUCAUCUUUCUUGCUUCUCUCCUCAUAGGCUCAGCCUGUGCAUUACAUCUGGAAUACCUGAAAAUGGACUCUACGGAGGUCACCGAUGGGACUUUGGUUUCGGCCACUUCUCACGGUUCUGUUGAUCAGGACGAGGAUUUGCUGGAUCUUGAAGCACUGAUUCCUGGCACGUGUUGGUUGUGUAAGAAAAUUGUGACGAAGGUGAAGAAACAUCUUGGUAGUCAUGAAAAAGUGGAAAAGAUUAAAGAGAAACUGAGGAGAGGCUGUGACAAUUUAGGAGAAGUGGCAAAACUUUGUAAGAAGCUGGUUAAUAGGCACAUUGAUAUCUUAGUGAAGGAACUUUCUACUGAUGAUAAUCCAAAAACAGUCUGUGCUAAAGCUGGAAUUUGCAAGGAAAUGGACAUGCUGGAUCUGAUCCAAGUUUUUCCACAAAACGUCCAGAUUCUCUGAAUGAAGUCCAGCACAGCAAGAAAGGAAUCAAAAUGGAACUCUAUGUUUCAAAUAUAAAUGUUUUCUAAUCAUUUUGUGCUAAUAAAAUAUUUGGUCAAUAA